AUGCGAGACGAAAGCAUCGUGGAGCGAAUCGUGCGUGCUACUAACCAUCUCCGCGCCGCGUUGCUGUCCGGCUAUACGACAUACAGAGAUUUGGGUACCGAGGGCAUGCGAUCAUUUGACGCGAACCUCAGAGACUGUGUCAACCGAGGGCUCCUGCCAGGUCCCAGGCUGUUUGUCGCUACGGAAUGCCUUGCAAGCACCGGAUCUUAUGAAGUUCGUCACGAGAACACACUGGCCAAGCUUCCGAGAAUCUCUGAUGCGUGUGAUGGACCAGUGGGCGUGAGGCAGGCAGUCCGACGCCGCGCAGGUGACGGCGCGGAUAUCAUCAAGUUCUAUGCCGACUAUCGACGAAAAGUGAUGCGAUUUCCACCUCCCAUCCAGCCACCACGGGAUGCGAUUCCAUUUCUUCCCGCAGAUCCCAAUCCGGCAGUGGUCAUGUUCAACCAGGAGGAAAUGGAUGCGAUCGUGCAAGAAGCGAAGCUAGGCAGCUUGCCUGUGGCAUGUCACGCGGGCACCGCAAAGGGCGCACUCAUGGCGGUCAAGGCAGGCGUCGACACCAUUGAGCAUUGUAACGAGGCGACCGACGAGGUCUUCCGGGAAAUGCGCCGCCGUGGAACCAUCUUCGUCCCGACACUGGCGGUGCUUCGGAGCUCGCCAGAUUUUGGCAACAUUAGCAAACGGGUGAAGAGAGCGUACGAUCUUGGUGUACGUCUCGCUGCUGGCGGUGACACAGGAGCCUUUCCCCACGGGGAAGGUGCCCUGGAGAUGGAGCUCAUGAUCCGGGCUGGAGUUCCCGUGGCGGAUGUGUUGGAAGCAUGUGUCAUUGGCGGCUGGGAGAGCUGCGGCAAGGAGAAAAGCGGCUUCUCGUUCGGCUCGAUCGAGAAAGGGUACCGAGCCGACAUCAUUGCCCUGGAGACGGACCCGAGAACAGACGCGGGGGCAUUGCGGAAAGUCGAUUUUGUCAUGAAGGACGGCAAGGUCUGGAAGAAGGACGGCCGGCCGGUCGGCUUCGUCGAGGGGCAAACGGCUAGAUCGGAUCACGGCGAGGAGUUGGACUGGGUUCUUGUUUGA